CGUCGAUCCAACUAUGACCAGCAACCUGACAUCUGCCCGUGGUCUCAGUUUGAAGGACCUCCUCGAGAAACAGGAUUUUCCGGGUGCCAAUGUCACUGCUUCAAAGAAAAAAGGGGAACAGCCUAACGUAGCCGGUUGCGUCUCACUUGCCUAAAUAAAGCCGGAGACUAUAGCAUCUCAUUAACUACUACACUGCCAUUAUGAUGGUCUGUCGACAAAUUAUUUUCUCUAUCUUCUCUGAAUCUUCAACAACUCCUUAUGAACGUUUCCAUAUUACUCUCUGUCACUAGGUGGAGUAACUACAAACUCACGAAUUAUCUCCCUUGGCAUUUUCCUGUUGCCUUUAAUAAAUGCUUAAUUUAAAAAAAAAAAAUGAAAAAGAUGUAAAUUUCAACAUAUUUCCAAAUUUUGACUGAAAAAAAAGGGGAAGAUUCAUCUAACAUUUAUCAUGCAUACAAAUGGAAAUAAUUUGAAAUUAAAAUUUGGAACAAAUUAAAUGAAACAUCAAACAAGAAAAAAAAAACUGAAAACAUCCAGAUUUUCCCCAGUUGCCCUACCAUCUUUUAAUUCCAUAGGACUGAUUUUUCACUGAUUAUUUUUCAAGUCUUGAUUCAAAUUCAGACUGAACCAACAGAAAAAAAAAGAAGUAAAAACUCAAACAAAAUCCUGAUUCUUUUAGAGUCACCGUCUCUUGAAUUAAAAUGUCUUCUUAUAAUUCUUGUGCUACAUAUACUCUUUUACAAUCGUCUUUCCGAUAUGCAAAACCUCAAUUACCACUUGGGUCUUUCAAUCAUCAGAACUUUAAUCAUUCUUCAAACUAUACAACUGGUCAGUCGGCCAUUCCAUCAUCGAUCUCAAAGUCUUUACCCCCAACCACAAGCAGCAAUAAUGGCAAUAACCACACAUUUAACUGGCAUUACCCUGUAAAGACAGAUGGGACAAUCGCUCGGAGGAACUGCAUGAGAGAGUCCCUUAGUAGACAUGGUACUACCUGCUAUCCUGAGAUUCGAUCAACUAUAGUAAAAGAAGAAAGUUCUAAAUACAGUGAUGAUGAACAAAAUAACUUGUCGGCAUUUCUGGGACCAAACCUUUGGGAGAAAUCCAGUGGUGCUGAUUUCAAACUGGAGUACAUGGAUCUUGAUGAAUUUCUAGUGGAGAAUGGUAUCCCUCUUGAUCCGGUGAAUGAUUCAUUAGACAGUAAUGACAAAAAUACUGCGUCAGAUGUUUCAUUGGACAGUUUUGUACAGUCACCUGAGCAACUCAACUUAAAAGUCAAAGACGAGGAUCUUCACAGUGUUUCCUCAGACUCUACCGCAUACAAACAAGAAGACAAUGAAUUAAUACCAGAAGAUGAUGAUGAUCAAGAAGAUGAUGAGGAUGAGGAUGAGGAUGAGGAUGAGGAUGAUGAUGAGGAUGAUGAUGAUGAUAGUAAUUGUAAUUCUGAUGUAUUUGAGCCACCAAAACCUGGCAGAUCUCAGGUUCCAGGUAAAAAUGGUUUUGACCCUGCCAAGCGAAAAUUUUCAUCAGAUGAACUGAAGCCUCAACCACUUGUCAAAAAAUCUAAGAAAAUAUUUGUACCUCUUGAAAGAAAAGAUGAAAAAUACUGGGCACGGCGCAAAAAGAACAAUAUUGCUGCAAAACGGUCUCGUGAUGCACGCCGUGUGAAGGAGAAUCAAAUUGCAUUGAGAGCCAACUUUCUGGAAAGUGAGAACCAAAACUUGCGAGAGAAAAUGGCUAAAGUUCUCAAGGAUAUGACUCAGAUCAAGAAAGAGAAAGAUACUCUUAAAAGUGACAAUGAUUUCCUGCGAAAACAACUGAGCAAGUACAGUUGUCAGUAAUAAGACCAAAAAACAAACAUGUAAUUGUGUAGCAUUGUAAAUUUUAUGGAUCCUGAUGGGCAGGUUUCAUUAUCCUAAUCUGUCAGAAAUUGUAGAGAUUUUGGGGAAUUGUUUUUUUUUUUUUUUAAUUUUCUCUCGGUGAGAUUUUCCAAACAUUGGUCACAUAAUUCUACACACAUUAUAUCAAUUUCAUUUCUCACAAACUUUAACAUGUAGCUUUUAUAAAGUGGCAUGAACAUAUUAUGACUAGUGUUAUAAAAAUGAAAAAAAAAGAAAAGAGAGCAUUUCUACCUGGCAUGUAUGGGUUAAUCACAUUCAGUUUUACAAUAUUAAAUAUUUUAAACUUUCUUUAAAAAUAACUCAUCAAAUACUUAGAGAGGAAUUCAGAAAGAAUGACAAAUGUGGAUGCACAUAGACAUAAGCAUACAAAGAAAUACAUGUACACACACACACACACAUGUAUAUAUAAUGCUUCAACAGAAAUAUUGAUGUUUAAGCUGAAAUUAAAGUCCAUCAAUUGCUUGUGAACAGCUACUUGUAGUAAACAUUGAUUUCUUAUGUAGGCAAAAACAUGGGUAUGGGUGGAUGGGUGUUAUAACAAAUUGACUUUCAUGCCUUUUUCAAGGGGGUUGGCAAACAGUGUGAAAAGGGGAGUAUCUACAACUGGAAAUUAAAACCAGGUUGCUGAU